AUGCAGCUGCAAGAAAACGAGCCUAUAAUAAUCGUCGGUGCCGGUGUUUCGGGUCUUUCCACGGCUUACGCUCUCUUGCAAAGAGGGUUUACCAAUGUCCACAUUUUCGACAAGAGAGACUACCUUAGCAAAGGUUACGACUAUUUCCAAGGCUGUGACAGUGCGUCUUCAGACAUGAACAAGAUCUUUCGUGCUGCUUACGGAGAAGAAACGCACUACCAGCAAAUGUCACUUGAAAGCAGGAAGACCUUCUUGAAAUGGAACGAAAUGAUUAAGGAAAGCGACUUUGAGGGAGGUGAGCCGAUCUAUCUGAACAGUGGAAAUAUCCAUUUGACGAGCCGCUCCACUUUGCCAAUUUUUGAGCAACUGACACUUCAAAAUAUGAGCGAUUCCGAUGCAAUUUGUGUCUCUGAUGUUGAUGCUGUCCAGAAAGCCCAAAAAGUGGGAUUUCCGGCCUCUGCAAUUGACCCCUUCGACAUGAAACCAAGAGGUAAAAAUCUUCAAGGCGUGUUGGAUACCAUCGGAGGAAUGAUAAUUUCCGACAAGUGCUGUAGGUGGGUCCUCCAUCUUUGUCUAAGUAAUUUCCCUGGCGCGUUUCACAUUCACUUUGGACCCGGGCCGGGAGAAAUUGAUCGCUUGCUCGUGGAGCGCUCGUCGGAUACCAACGAAAAAAAGUGUGUCGGAAUUAAAACCAAAGACGAUCAAGAGCAUUUUGCCAGACUCGUGGUCACGGCUUGUGGUCCUUGGACCGCAGCAGUUGUACCAGAGGCUGCUGAAAGAGUUGAGGCUACUGCUGGGACGGUAGCGUUGAUGAGGAUCACAAAUCCUAAGAUUGCUGAAAAAUACAGCGAGAAGAACUUCCCUACGUGGACAUAUGAUGUAAGGGACAAGGGAAUUGGUGGCCUUUAUGGGUUUCCUGUUCGCAAUGGUUAUAUGAAGAUUGGGUAUAGAGGCCUGAAAUGGACCAAUCCUAUGGGAUCCAUUAACUCCUCAGUGAAAACUGCUUUUAGUGAAGUUUCUGAGACUAAUGUGCCAUUAUUUGGUCUUAAACUAAUCAAGCAGUUCAUUUCAGACAACAUUCCUGAAGUGAAAAGGAUCGAUAAAACACGGCUUUGUUGGUAUUCCGAUAGCGAGGAUAACGACUUUUUGAUUUCAUAUUCACCUCAUUACGCGGAAAAGUCUCUAUUUACCAUUGCUGGUGACUCGGGCCAUCUUUUCAUGAUGUUUGGGAGCAUCGGCGAAGUGAUUGCCGAUCUUAUAGUCGAUGCGAGUCCUGAUUUGUUCCUAAAAGAUCUCUUCUCAUGGGGCAGGAAAAGAGACCCUCUUAACCAUAUCAACAGGGGUCUAGAUGACCCCCGAGCAUUGUGCAAUCAGCUCAUGGCUACUGAAUCUGAUUGGGUAAUCAAAGAAAGCCCCAAGCUUUGA